UGGUGUCAGCCCGGAGCCCUGCUCUGGAAGGCUCUGCCGGAGAGCGCCGCGCGUCUGGCCUCCCCACAUAGCCCCACAGCCUGCCCAAAAAGCCCACGACUCGUGCAGUCUAGGAGAAGCCUCACUUAGCGGAGGAGCUCCUUUCCCGGCUUCCCCCGCGGCGGGGUCCUGACGCCACUUCCGGCCGCCGAACGCACGUGGGAGGAAGUGCUCGUGUCCGCGGCCGCGACUCCCGCCAGCCUCGUUGGUUCUACUCUCUCUCGCUGGCAGCGGGCCGCUGCCCGGAGCGAAGCCCGCUGGUCAUGGGAGUCCCGGCGUUCUUCCGCUGGCUCAGCCGCAAGUAUCCGUCCAUCAUUGUCAACUGCGUGGAGGAGAAGCCAAAAGAAUGCAAUGGUGUAAAGAUUCCAGUUGAUGCCAGUAAACCUAAUCCAAAUGAUGUGGAGUUUGAUAAUCUGUAUUUGGACAUGAACGGAAUCAUCCAUCCCUGUACUCACCCUGAAGACAAACCAGCACCAAAAAAUGAAGACGAAAUGAUGGUUGCAAUUUUUGAGUACAUUGACAGACUUUUCAAUAUUGUAAGACCAAGGAGACUUCUCUACAUGGCAAUAGAUGGAGUGGCACCACGCGCCAAAAUGAACCAGCAGCGUUCCAGGAGAUUUAGGGCGUCAAAGGAAGGGGUGGAAGCCGCAGCUGAGAAGCAGCGGGUCAGAGAGGAAAUACUUGCGAAAGGUGGCUUUCUCCCUCCAGAAGAAAUAAAAGAAAGAUUUGACAGCAACUGUAUUACACCAGGAACUGAGUUCAUGGACAAUCUUGCUAAAUGCCUUCGCUAUUACAUAGCUGAUCGUUUAAAUAAUGACCCUGGGUGGAAAAAUUUGACAGUUAUAUUAUCUGAUGCUAGUGCACCUGGUGAAGGAGAGCACAAAAUCAUGGAUUACAUUAGACGACAAAGAGCUCAGCCUAACCAUGACCCAAAUACUCAUCAUUGUUUGUGUGGAGCUGAUGCUGAUCUCAUUAUGCUUGGCCUUGCUACCCAUGAACCUAACUUCACCAUAAUCAGAGAAGAAUUCAAACCAAACAAACCCAAACCAUGUGCUCUUUGUAAUCAGUUUGGACAUGAGGUCAAGGAUUGUGAAGGUUUGCCAAGAGAAAAGAAGGGAAAGCAUGAUGAACUUGCAGAUAGCCUUCCUUGUGCAGAAGGGGAGUUUAUCUUCCUUCGCCUGAGUGUCCUUCGAGAGUAUCUGGAAAGAGAGCUCACCAUGGCCAGUUUACCAUUUCCGUUUGAUGUGGAGAGGAGCAUUGAUGACUGGGUGUUCAUGUGCUUCUUUGUGGGCAAUGAUUUCCUUCCUCACUUGCCAUCAUUAGAGAUUAGGGAAGGUGCAAUUGACCGUUUAGUUGGCAUAUACAAAAACGUGGUACAUAAAACUGGGGGUUACCUUACAGAAAGUGGUUAUGUCAAUCUGCAAAGAGUACAGAUGAUCAUGUUAGCAGUUGGUGAAGUUGAGGAUAGCAUUUUUAAAAAGAGAAAAGAUGAUGAGGACAGUUUUAGAAGACGACAGAAAGAAAAAAGAAAGAGGAUGAAGAGAGAUCAACCAGCUUUUACUCCUAGUGGAAUAUUAACACCUCAUGCCUUGGGUUCGAGAAAUUCACCAGGUUGUCAAGUAGCCAGUAAUCCACGGCAGGCGGCCUAUGAAAUGAGGAUGCAGAGCAACUCUAGCCCUUCAAUAUCUCCUAAUACAAGCUUUACCUCUGAUGGCUCCCCAUCUCCACUAGGAGGAAUUAAGAGAAAAGCAGAAGACAGUGACAGUGAGCCAGAGCCAGAGGAUAACGUCAGGUUGUGGGAAGCUGGCUGGAAGCAACGAUACUACAAGAACAAGUUUGAUGUGGAUGCAGCUGAUGAGAGAUUCCGACGUAAGGUGGUUGAGUCCUAUGUUGAAGGGCUGUGCUGGGUUCUUCGGUAUUACUACCAGGGCUGUGCGUCCUGGAAGUGGUACUACCCAUUCCACUAUGCUCCCUUCGCGUCAGACUUUGAAGGCAUUGCAGACAUGGCGUCUGAAUUUGAAAAGGGCACGACGCCGUUUAAACCACUGGAACAACUCAUGGGGGUUUUCCCAGCUGCAAGUGGUAACUUCCUACCACCAUCAUGGCGGAAGCUCAUGAGCGACCCUGAUUCUAGUAUAAUUGACUUCUAUCCUGAAGAUUUUGCUAUUGAUUUGAACGGGAAAAAAUAUGCAUGGCAAGGUGUUGCUCUAUUGCCAUUUGUGGAUGAGCGAAGGCUGCGAGCUGCCCUAGAAGAGGUGUACCCAGACCUCACUCCAGAAGAGAACAGGAGAAAUAGUCUUGGAGGUGAUGUCUUGUUUGUGGGGAAGCUCCAUCCACUGCACGACUUCAUUUUGGAGCUAUACCAGACAGGUUCCACAGAGCCAGUAAAUGUGCCUCCUGAAUUGUGUCAUGGGAUUCAAGGAAAGUUUUCUUUGGAUGAAGAAGCCAUUCUUCCAGAUCAAACAGUGUGUUCCCCUGUACCCAUGCUACGGGACCUGACACAGAACACAGUAGUCAGUAUUAAUUUUAAAGAUCCACAGUUUGCUGAAGAUUAUGUUUUUAAAGCUGUAAUGCUUCCAGGAGCAAGAAAGCCAGCAGCAGUUCUGAAACCUGGUGACUGGGAAAAAUCCAGCAAUGGACGGCAGUGGAAACCCCAGCUUGGCUUUAACCGAGACCGGCGGCCUGUUCACCUGGACCAGGCAGCCUUUAGAACUUUAGGCCAUGUUAUGCCAAGAGGCUCCGGGUCUGGUGUCUACAGCAACACUGCACCACCACCUGCCAAUUACCAGGGGAACUUAUACAGGCCACUGCUGAGAGGCCAAGCUCAGAUUCCAAAACUUAUGUCAAAUAUGAGGCCCCAAGAUUCCUGGCGAGGCCCUCCUCCUCUUUUCCAGCAGCAGAGAUUUGACAGAAGUGUUGGAGCAGAACCUCUACUGCCGUGGAACCGGAUGCUCCAAACCCAAAAUGCAGCCUUUCAGCCAAACCAGUACCAAAUGCUGGCUGGGCCUGGAGGCUAUCCACUCAGACAUGAUGAUCGAGGAGGGAGACAGGGAUAUCCCAGAGAAGGAAGGAAAUACCCUUUGCCACCACCCUCGGGAAGAUACAGUUGGAAUUAGGCUUUUGUAAAGCUUUCCCAAAUCCUUUCUCCAUUCUAUACUUUUAUACUAUUUGUGGAAAGGUUUCUUUCUCAAGUAGUAGUUUUUAAUAAAACUACAGUACUUUGUGUAUUUCUUUUAACUGUGUGUAUAUUUCUACCGAUCUGAUCUCACUGUUUAUGUUACUUUCCAGAGAUGUGUUUUAACAUAAUACAGUGGUUCUGAAUUUAUUAUUGCUUAUAAACAUAUUUGAUGAAAUUAGGAGUCCUGGAUUUUCCUUAUGGUUAAAUUCAAAACAGCUCUAUGCUGAUUUUAAUGCACAUGAAUAAUUAGGUAUGGACAUCUGAGCUGCAUGUUCGGCAGACUAGAGUCUAUGUGGCUCAACAUUUCUUUGGAAACAUUUCAUUAAAGUACUUGUCUUACAGAAAUUUGUGGACUUUAUUAAAAAAAAAUAAAGCUAAACU